GAAGCGUGCAGGUUGUACAGUUGUGCCAUCAUGUUAACUAAGUGGCUGCUUAUAUCUCUUUUGGUCUUAGGUGUUCAGAAUAUUUGUGCGAACAAUUACAUCAAUUAUAUUAACGGAUUUAGUAUAUUCUACGAUCCGAACACACGUUUAGCAUUGAAAGGUGCAUUAGAAUAUGUCGGUCGUGACUCCUUUCCUGGGAUCGGUUUCUAUGGUGCAAACUGCAACUGCGAGGGUCUUAUAUGUAGCUGUUGUAAUGGCAUCAACAUAACUAGAUUUAAUAUUGACCGUUAUGCCUGCACUAAUAUUACCUUUUACCCUGAGAAUCUUGCCAUGAAUCUAAAACUUAUAGUAAAUGAAAAAGAACUUCUUAAUACCAAUUCUUUUUCUGACAGAAAUCAAAUACCGUUCUGCGUGCCUUUCUAUCCACCUUUCAUAUCCUUCUGCGUACGUGUCUUCGAUGUCUACUUAUCCGGCAGAAAUCUGCAUGCGUGCAUUGAUUUAGAGGCACUUGUAGUAACGUGGCCAGUCUUGGUUUUGCACUUCGAUUGUGUAAAGAUUGGCGCAGAUGGAGUUUCUUGGAUAAAACCCGACAAUAACAGUAGUGUUCCUCAACUGACAGCGAUUAAACCAGAAGUGAAUGGACCGGAAAUAUACGAUCCAGUGGACUUCGAGCCAGUUUCUGUUAACUUUCUAAGCAAUCAUACUUCAAAUAUGACUCCCGAGGAGGAGAACAACAUUGGUCAAUUAAAGAUAUAAUGUCGACAUAAUAUUAUAAAAUUACAUGUAUA